AAUUUUCCUUGCCCAAUUAAUUUGUUUCUAAUCGUUCUUCCGGCCCAUAGAUGUUUCGACUUCGUCAAUAAUUUUUUUUUGUCGUUGGUUUUGGAGGAUUUAUAGAUGCGCGCGGAUCUUUUCUGAUUAGUGUAUAAAAGUUUUACGUCGUGGCUGGAAGUGGAUUUCAAUAUCAAGCAUCAAAAGAAUGGAACGGAUGUUGAUGAUAGUGGUGUGUGAGGCAUUGUCGGCCACGAAAAACGCAGGAUCAGUCGUCGAAAAGUCGUCUAUGCUAUCAGUUUCGUGGUCUACUCGUGAUCGUUUCUGUUCCCACUCGAUUAUAAAAAACAAUACGGACGGGUACAUUUGCUGCGACCGGAAACAAUUAUUAACCCAUGUCCUCGGUGAUUAGAAUCUGAAAUAUCUAAUAACUUGAAAACGUUUUGUUCGUCGAGACGUAUAAACCAGAUAUAGUAUUGAAGUGUGAUGAAAGAAGAAACGAAUAUGAGUAAUGCUCUCAAAGUGUUAAUGUUACUCUGGAUUUGUAUCGACGUCCAUUGUCAGAUGCAGUGGUAUGAGCAAUCACAUGAAAGUUACUUCAAUUACAAAAACCUUGAUGACAAACCUUCAGUCUCCAGUAGCGGCGACUCCGAAGUUCGAAUUGCUCCAAGAAUUGGCUUGAAGUGGCCCUUCAGCCCACAAAACCGAAUUAAGGCGACGUCGCAACCUCCAAGCACCGACGACAACGGGGUACCGAAUGAUAAAUUUCUCUUCCCUGGCAGUAUAUCAAAUAAAGAACAAGUUGACCCAGCACCUGUUUGCAAAGAAACAACAUUCUGCGACGAUGUUUCGAAUUAUCCGACAAAAUCGGUGAGCGAUGCGAUUGCGAGACAGAAUCUUCCGCAUUAUAUAAACGUCGACGGAAUCGAUAUCAAUUUUCGGUUGGCAGUUCUUACCGAGUCUCUUUGCAUAUCUAAUGAGAGAGUUGUGUAUCCGAAGACAGCGGAAACCGAAGAUAAUCGAUGGUUAUACGUCGUUAACCAUCCCAAUUACACUCAAGGAGUACGCAUUGAGACAUGCAGCCUGGAAGGCGAAUCAUGCAAGCUUAUACAAGGAUUCGCGACUGGAUACGAUACAUUCUGCGCACAGAAAUACAUCUACCGCGAACUUGCGGCAUACAAGGACGGCAGGAUCACACAGGAACUUUUCCGAUUUCCGGCCAAUUGCUGUUGCCAGGUUGAAUUCGUCGGCACAUCACAGCGUUUGAGAUCGAAUCGAUCGUAUACCCCCCUGAAUGCCGAAAACUAUAUGGGCACAGUUUAAUAGAGCUAGCUCGAUUUAACGGCAUUUGUAUGGAACACCAUCUAAAUCCUCUUACGGAAUUUGGACGCGAGAAAUAUACAUAUACAUACAGGGUGUACGCCACGAUUUUUCAAGCACUUUCAACAGUUUGAUAGAAAAAUGUUUCCAAUAAAAGUUAAUCAGUAUUUACUCGGCUACAUAUCGAUAUAUAACAAUUUUUGAAAAUUAUUGCUUUUCUGCUAAAAGUCAAGAUCACUUUGACUUUUUUAAAAUGGCAUCCUAUAUUUUUGACUUCGUGGUGUUAUUGAUAAAUGAUAAAUGCUGAUGAAAUGCUGAUGAAAUACUAUAUUAUGACCUCCAGAUGACUUUGACUUCAGCAAUUUAGGAUGGACCAACGAAAG